GUCUUUUAUUGGGAAUCUAGGGUUUGGUAUGCGGUGUUGAACUUCAAUAGCCCUUGCUUUCGAAAUCAGAAGAAGGAAACCACAGGGGAGCGGGCUAUGGCGGCGAAUGGGCAGGGGAUAGAGCCUGCCUUGUUGGAUGACAUCAUCAACCGGCUUUUGGAGUUCCGCAAUGCGCGGACCGUGCGUCAGGUGCAGCUGUCGGAGAAUGAGAUCCGCGCUCUCUGUACGACGUCGCGUGAAAUCUUCCUCUCACAGCCUAAUCUCCUUGAACUCGAAGCCCCUAUCAAGAUCUGCGGUGACAUUCAUGGGCAAUAUGGAGAUCUAUUAAGGCUAUUUGAGUAUGGGGGAUUUCCUCCAGAAGCCAAUUAUCUGUUCUUAGGGGAUUAUGUGGACCGUGGAAAACAGAGUUUAGAGACGAUAUGCCUUCUUCUUGCCUACAAAAUCAAAUAUCCUGAGAAUUUCUUUCUCCUAAGAGGAAAUCAUGAAUGUGCUUCAAUCAAUAGGAUAUAUGGGUUCUAUGAUGAAUGUAAACGCCGAUUCAAUGUUAGGAUCUGGAAAAUUUUUACUGAUUGUUUUAACUGUCUUCCUGUGGCCGCUCUUAUAGAUGAUAAGAUUCUAUGCAUGCAUGGUGGUCUCUCUCCUGACUUGUCACACUUGGACCAAAUAAGAAACUUACCUCGUCCAACUGAUGUUCCGGACUCUGGCCUUCUCUGUGAUUUACUUUGGUCUGAUCCCAAUAGAGAAAUCAAAGGUUGGGGAAUGAAUGAUAGAGGUGUCUCUUACACAUUUGGUCCGGAUAAGGUGGCAGAAUUUUUAAUGCAGCACGAUAUGGACCUUGUUUGUCGUGCUCACCAGGUAGUAGAAGAUGGAUAUGAAUUUUUCGCUGACAGGCAGCUUGUUACAAUUUUUUCUGCUCCCAACUAUUGUGGCGAAUUUGAUAAUGCUGGUGCAAUGAUGAGUGUCGAUGAGAGUUUGAUGUGUUCGUUCCAGAUCUUGAAACCAACUGAUAGAAAGCGGUUCUUUCUGAAGCUUAUGAUAUUUUAUGCAAUGUCAUUUGGAGUGGAUUUUGAAACUCAGCCGAUCUCAAAAGAGAGGUUAACAUUUUACUACAGUGCUAUUGGAUCUGAAGGACUGAGGACAUAUUUUGUUUAGUGUAAUGUCUUAGAGGUAGAAGUUCCAAAAGACUGUAAUUUGGAAGGAAUGGUGCUCGGUUUUCUCAAGUGUUCUGUAUUAUUUUCUUUUUCUUUCUUUAUUUUUCCAAGAGACAACUUCAUGAUUCUGACUGUGUAUAUACACUCAAAGUCCUAUAUGUUGCAAUUGCAAAUUUGCAAUUGUAGGUUGUUGAAUUUCUCAGGUGGCUUACCUACGAUAUUCAUUCUAUUAACCGUUCAUCAAAUGUAGAACAAAUUA